AUGGGCGUUCUGAAACUUGUUCCAGUAGUGUGUGCAGUUCUGAUCGUGCCUUGGGUGCGAUGUUUAAAUCUAACCGAACCGACCAGCCGUGAUUGGUGGCAAAAGGCAGCAUUCUAUCAAAUAUAUCCCAGAUCGUUUAUGGAUAGUGAUGGUGAUGGAGUGGGAGAUUUGAACGGUAUUGCAUCGAAGCUACCAUACCUGAAAUCGAUAGGCAUUAAGGCAUUUUGGCUCUCACCCAUCUACAAAUCGCCAAUGGUGGACUUUGGCUACGAUAUAUCCGAUUUCCGCGACAUUCACGAGGAGUUUGGUACGAUGGCUGAUUUUGAGCAGCUAGUGGAGCAGGCGCAUGCUCUCGGCUUGAAGGUGAUCAUGGAUUUUGUACCGAAUCAUUCGAGCAAUCUGCACGAGUGGUUCAUCAAGUCAGAAAACCGAGAAUCAGGCUACGAAGAUUAUUACGUGUGGCAUGAUGGUAAAACGAAUCCGGAUGGUGGAAGAAAUUUACCACCCAACAAUUGGAUUCAAGCAUUCCGGGGCAGUGCUUGGCAGUGGAGCGAUAAGCGACAGCAGUACUACCUACACCAGUUCACUGUAGAGCAACCCGAUCUCAACUACCGCAAUCCAACGGUAGUGCAGGAAAUGAAGGAUGUGAUACUGUUCUGGCUGGACAAAGGAGUGGAUGGUUUUCGAAUCGAUGCCGUGCCGACACUGUUUGAAGAUACGGAGCUGCGUGACGAACCGUUGAGUGGGUUGGUGGACGAUCCGGAUGAUACCAACUACCUGUCCCAUAUCUACACUCAAGAUUUGCCCGAAACGGUCGAGAUGGUGUACGAGUGGAGGGAACUAAUUGAUGCUUAUCAGCAACAACACGGUGGGGAGACUAGGGUCAUGAUGACGGAAGCCUACUCAUCGCUGGACGUUAUAAAGACCUACUACGGUAGCAGCACUGGACGGUUGGGAUCGCAUAUGCCGUUUAACUUUAGGCUUAUCACUGAGGUGAACCAGCAAUCGACGGCAUCUGAUUACGUGAAGGUAGUAAAGGACUGGAUGAGUAUCUUACCCGCUGGCCAGGUGCCGAACUGGGUGAUGGGAAACCACGAUCGACCACGUGUUGGGUCACGCCUUGGGGAAGAACGUAUUGACGCGCUGAACAUGAUCUUGCUCAGCCUUUCUGGAGCGAGUGUCACGUAUCAGGGGGAAGAGAUUGGCAUGACGGAUGUGCACAUCUCCUGGGAGGAUACGGUCGAUCCGGCCGCCUGCAAUGCGGGCAAAGACUUGUACGAGGAAAAGUCGCGCGAUCCAUGCCGCACACCGUUCCAGUGGGAUGAUACAGCGAUGGCCGGCUUUACGACAGGUUCCAGCACGUGGCUACCGGUCGGUGACAGGUACAAGGAGGUAAACGUGCUCGUACAGCAGCAGGCCGAAAAGAGUCACCUUAAGGUGUAUCGUUCAAUGAUGGAGCUUAGGAAGUCGAAAACAUUCCAACUCGGUACGGUAAAAGCGGUUGCAAUUAGCGAUACUGUGCUGGCAGUUGUACGGGAGCUGUCGAAUUUCAGCACUUACAUAACGCUGGCCAAUCUUGGCAGCCAGCUUGAGGUGAUCAAUGCUGUUGGAUUAUCCGAUUCACUGCCGGACAAGCUGUUCUUUGACGUAGUUAGUGUUGGUUCGCAUAAUAUUCGAGGAGGAUCAGUAGCGACCAAGGAUAUAGUUUUGUUACCCAAUGAGGCGUUCGUUUUGAAAGCGCGCGUUGGACCGGUAGAAAAAGUGUAUUCAUCCAUUUGCGAGAGUUGGCUUCAAUAAAUGCUGCAAUUAUUA